AUGGCUGAGAGAAGGAAUGAUCAACAAGUCCAUCCCUUGCCUCAAAGUUAUACUUAUAACACAGCUUUUAAUGUUAAGCGUGACCAAGAGUCCGCUUCCAGUGACUCGGACGAGAUUCGUCGCAAGAAGCGUCUCAAGUACCUUGCAUAUUUUGCCGCCUUUGUUGUGUUUCAAACUGGCAUCAUUGUGUUGUUUUCUCUGACGAUAAUGAAAAUAAGAACCCCUAAAUUUCGGGUCCGAUCAUCGGCUUUCGAGACUUUUGAUGCUGGUACGACUACAAAUCCUUCGUUUAAUUACAGGAUGAAUGCUGAGCUUGGCGUGAGAAACAACAAUUUUGGAACUUAUAAGUUCCAAAACAGCACAAUAUAUUUUUCCUACAAUGGCACACCAAUUGGGGAGACCUUGGUUCCUAAUAGCAAAGCAGGAUGGCUGUCGACUAAGAAGCUCAAUGUUGUGGUGGACCUCUCGUCAAACAAUUUGGCUAGCAAUUCACAACUAGGAAACGAUCUCAGCACUGGAGUUUUGAAAUUGAAUGCUCAAUCCAAAUUGAGUGGAAAGGAUUUUGUAGUUUCUUUUCCGAAGCUUUUGGGGGGCUUUGUUACCAAAAUUGUUUUGUCUGUGACUUUUGGGCUGGUUCUUGAUGUACAUGUUUUUGGGCCUGCCUUGCUUGAUGUAGAGUUUGCUAAAGUUGAUUAUGAAAGGUGA